CAUUUGGGCCUCCAAUGGAGGACAUCAGUACAAAAAUGCAUAAAAAAAGAAAAGAAGGUAGAAACGAAAGAAAGAAGACACCAAUGAAAUAACCAUGAUUUCGGAUAUUGAAGCGGUAGGUCACCCCGACGGUCACAAGAAUUUGGAGUGGUCAGUAAAAAGUCCCAAGAAUUUUGCCAGCCACGGUAUCGAAUCGAUUGGCUGACUUUUCCAAAUCGAAGAAAAGCAAAGAAUCCCCACUCUGAUUGCCCACCACAAGUUUUCUUUUAAAAAAAUUUGGUUUUUUCUCAUCAACACUUUUGCUUUUGUGCCGAUCGUCGGGUUUCGAACGAGGGAAAUGGAAGGGGUGCUCUCAGCCACCGAUAAACAGAGUAUGGUCUCCUCCUUUCUUGAGGUUGCUGUGGGCCAGACUGCCGAGACUGCUAGACAAUUUUUGCAGGCAACUAGUUGGAAGCUUGAGGAUGCUAUUCAGCUGUUUUAUGUCGGUAAUGAAGGAGGAGUGGUUGGACCACCACCUGUUCCUUCUCCUCCAAGUACAAAUGAACAAAUCAAUUCUUCAACUGAUCACAUAUCCAAUGAAUCUGGAAAACAUGCGGGACCUGGAACAUUUGGACAAUAUGAGGAUGAGGUCCGCCCUCCCUUACCUGUUAUAAGGGAAGCUCUUUAUGAUGAUGCAAUGUUGUAUGGAACAACUAUGGGGUAUCUGCCAAAUGAAUCUGGAUCAUCAAUAGGGUUUCGGAACUUGCAAAAUGAAGUGAAACAUCAUGAUGUUUGGCAAUCAGGAGAAGGUGCAGCAUCCACAAGUGGCAAUUCUCGAGAUAAUUUAGCUUCUUUAUACCGCCCUCCUUACCAUUUGAUGUUCACCGGGUCCUUUGAAAAGGCAAAAGGUGCUGCCUGCGUCCAGGACAAGUGGCUGAUAGUAAAUCUGCAGUCCACCAAGGAAUUCAGCUCGCACAUGCUUAACCGGGAUACAUGGGCAAAUGAAGCUGUUUCUCAAACUAUUUCUACCAAUUUUAUUUUUUGGCAGGUGUAUGAUGAUUCAACUGAAGGCCAAAAGGUUUGCACAUAUUAUAAACUAGAAUCAAUUCCUGCUGUCCUUGUCAUUGAUCCCAUAACAGGGCAAAAAAUGCACUCUUGGUUUGGAAUGGUUCAACCUGAACGGCUACUUGAGGAUCUAUUGCCCUUCAUGGAUGGAGGUCCAAAGGAUCAUCAUGUUACCUUAUCUCAUAAACGUCCAAGGGAGAGUUCCUUGACUCCACCGAAAGUUCGAGAAGUGGAAUACGAAGAGGAUGAAGAAGUGCAACGUGCAUUGGCAGUUUCUCUAGAAGGCAUGAAGGAAGCAGUCAAAUUGUCUUCUGAGGACAAGGACACAAAAGUUGCUGAGAAGGAAGAAGAGAAGUGCCCAACUUAUCCACCAUUGCCUGAAGAACCCAAAGGUGACAGAAAGCUUCUUUGCAGGAUCGGAGUCCGUCUUCCUAAUGGACGUAGAUGCCAAAGGAAUUUCCUCCGAACCGAUCCAAUCCAGUUGCUUUGGUCUUUCUGUUCUUCUCAGUUAGAGGAUGGUGAGACAAAACCAUUCAAAUUGACACAUGCGAUACCAGGAGCUACAAAGACUCUGGAUUAUGAUACCCAAAUGACAUUUGAGGAAUCAGGGCUUGCCAAUUCAAUGAUCUCUGUCACUUGGGACUGAGAAGGCCCCAUUUUCCAGAACUAUUUCCAUACAUAGUUGGGCAGUUGUGUAAGUAGUCAGUCAGUCACUGUAUUUUGUGGUUUUUCUGCAGUUUCUAUAUACUAUGGGUAAAAGUUUAGCUAGUUCCUUUUUCUUGUUUUCCCCUCGCAUUCCCUCUCCUCUUCUUUUCUUGUUGAAAAUGUAUACGCCAUACAGAAGGGGCAUGGUUAUGACUACUAUUUGUACGAUAAAGAGUUGAGUUUUCCUCUUUUGCCCUCCUAAGCAUGGUGUAUGUUUGUCGUGCUCGUAAAUUUGGUAGAUGUGCAUUAUUAUGGUAGUAAUAGAAAUUUUCUAUGGCCUUUA